GGCUGCAACAGGGAGGAAAGCAAUGUCCAUGUUGACCUUAAUGACUUGACAAGAGAGAGUGUCUUGCCUGCAUAUAAAGACAUGUACAGUGUGUUUUAUUCUCAUACAAACAUUUUUUCAUAUUUCUACAACAAAUCUCUCCAAAAUUUACACCCUGUAUGAUCAUAGAAUUAACAUACAGAUCUCAAAACAAGAAUGUGUAAGAAUUUCAUUCUGGUGUAGAUAGUUUCAUGUACAGUAUCAAACUAGGUAUCCAGGUUACUUUUUGAAUGUGAACAUGGCUUAAAAUAGGAGAUCAUGGCCUGGUUCAAAUGUAGUGUUAAGCAGUAUUUCUUGUUCUUUGUUUUGUCAAAACGUUUAUUUUUUUUAGCAGAAAAACAAGACAAAUGAAGCAUCAAGAAUUGCCCAGCUGCUAUCCUAAACAUCUGAGUCGUCUCCUAGCUUUCAAUGUAUAUAACAUAAGAUUUAUUACUGUAUGUGCAAGGCUCAACCCUGCCAUACCCCUUUACAAAGCAGAGCAGUAAUGUUCUUUCUAAGUGAGGAAGAUGAUGACGACCUUCACUAUGCAGAUCAUGACUAUGAAGUACCACAACAAAAAGGAACGAAGAAGAUAUGUAACAGAGUAAAAUGGACACGUGAUGAGGAUGAAAAGCUGAAGAAGCUAGUAGAACAGCAUGGUACAAGUGACUGGACAUUCAUUGCUAGUCAUCUACAAAAUCGUUCCGAUUUUCAGUGCCAGCACCGUUGGCAAAAAGUCCUGAAUCCAGAACUUAUUAAAGGCCCCUGGACUAAGGAAGAGGAUCAGAGGGUUAUUGAGCUGGUUCAGAAAUAUGGUCCAAAGCGCUGGUCUUUGAUUGCAAAGCACUUAAAAGGAAGAAUAGGGAAGCAAUGUCGAGAACGGUGGCAUAAUCACCUUAAUCCUGAGGUAAAGAAAUCUUCAUGGACUGAGGAGGAGGACAGGAUCAUCUAUGAAGCUCACAAACGCUUGGGAAAUCGAUGGGCUGAAAUUGCAAAGUUGCUUCCCGGAAGGACUGACAAUUCUAUCAAAAAUCAUUGGAACUCCACUAUGCGAAGAAAAGUAGAACAAGAAGGAUAUUUACAAGAUGGAAUCAAGACUGAGCGACCUUGUUCGUCAAAACUGCCACACAAAACUUGUGCAUCUACAGACCAUCUUCAUACCCCAAAUCAGUUUUACAUACCAGUGCAGGCACAUAUCCCAGGAUAUCAAUAUGUUUCAACAGAAGGCAACUGCAUUGACCAUGUCACAACUUCUUCAAAUUUCAUUCAGCAGCCAUUUGAUGAUGAUCCUGACAAAGAGAAAAAAAUUAAGGAACUUGAGCUGUUACUUAUGUCGGCUGAGAAUGAAAUCAGGAGAAAGAGAGUCUCAUCUCAAGCUGGAAAUUUUUCUAACUGGUCUGGAAGCUUCAUCAUGGAAGAUAGUAUGGCAAAUGCCCUAAAUGGCCUUGGGGAACAAACAAAUGACUUCUAUAAUCUGGAUGAAACCCAGACUGCAACAGCUCAGCAGAACUCACCUACCAAAUAUUUGGCUGUGGAGGCAAAUGCGGUAUUGUCAUCUCUACAGACCAUUCCAGAAUUUGCAGAGACACUAGAACUCAUUGAGUCUGAUCCUGUAGCAUGGAGUGAUGUCACCAGCUUUGAUCUCUCUGACGUGGCUACGUCCCCUGCCAGUCAAGCUCCAGUAAAACUAAUGCGGAUUCAGCACAAUGAUGGGGCCAUGGAGUGCCAAUUUAAUGUAAGUGUUGUACUAGAUGGCAAAAAAUCAAGUGACGAAGAAGAUUCAGCAUCUCCAACUGCAGCCAAGUUCAGUACUCCUCCAACUAUUUUGCGCAAGAAGAAGAAACCUAGAACUGGACUGUCACCAUCAGUCAAUGAACAGAACGAUGGUUCAUGUAGCAAUGGUUCCAAUUUUGCACUAAAACAAACACCAGUGAAAACACUACCCUUUUCUCCUUCCCAGUUCUUCAACACCUGUUCUGGAAAUGAGCAGUUUAACAUUGAAAAUCCUGCCUUUACAUCAACUCCAAUUUGUGGCCAAAAGGUUCUUAUUACCACACCUUUACAUAAUAAAGAAGUAACACCCAAAGAUCAAAAAGAAAAUGCAGGUUUUAGGACACCUACUAUUAGAAGAUCGCUGCUAGGUACAACACCAAGGACCCCUACUCCAUUUAAGAAUGCUUUAGCUGCUCAGGAAAAAAAAUAUGGCCCUCUGAAAAUUGUGUCACAGCCCCUUGCCUAUCUGGAAGAAGAUAUCAGAGAGGUUUUAAAGGAGGAAACGGGAACAGAUAUCUUCUUCAAGGAAGAAGAGGAUUCAUUCUACAAGGGCUGCAAACUAGAGAAUCCUUCUGUGAAGAAAGUCAGGAAGUCAUUAGUUUUGGAUCCUUGGGAAAAAGAAGAGCUUGGUGCCCAGUUUUUCACAGAAGACAGUGUUCCAGAUAUACAGUCAGAAAACAUAUAUACUACAUCACUCCUGAUGAUUCCUUUAUUGGAAAUACAUGACAAUAGAGGCAGUAGGACUCCAGAGAAACAGGAUUCCAGUUCAACAAAGCUGAAUGUAGCAAUGAAGAAAAAGCAGAAUACUUGCACUUCAAAAAAUGUCAAAACAGAAAAAACCUUCCAGGCCAAUUGUGAAUGGGAAGCUGUUGUUUAUGGGAAGACUGAAGAUCAGCUUAUUAUGACUGAGCAAGCAAGAAGAUACCUGAGCACCUAUACAGCUACUGGCAGCACUUCAAGGGCUCUGAUCUUGUGAUGGUCCCUAAAUGUACCAAUCUACCUUUUUCCUUUAUACUACAGACUUUAUACUGAGAUUUCCCCCCCAGUAAUGUAUGUAUGGAUACUUUUUUGAGUUGAAGCUGCAUUAUAAGGGAGAACUUUAGUCUCUUUUUAAACCUUUUUUAAAAGCAAUUUUAAUUGGUCUUUUAAAAGACCACUCUAAAGAAAAUGGUGAAAGGAUUAUUUUUUUAAGCCGUUUUUUAAAUUCUUUAUACAUUUCUCUUGUUCUUAAGAAGCUUUUAAUGUAGAGUAGGUUUACAGGUACUCGGUGAUCUGUAAAAGAAAAACAUUACACAACUCCUUGAGAAUGCUUUUGCUUAAACACAUUUGCUUAUGUAGCAAUUUUUAUAAACACAAAAGAAAGACUAAAGGAAGAAUAGAAAGUUGCACUACUAGAACUAGGUAUGCUGCACAAAAUUAACUACAGUGUUAAAUGUAUUUAUUUGAGAAUGGUACUUCUAAUAAGAGUAGACAAAGGGAAGAAUUUAAUUUUUAUUAGGAUAAAGCAUCAGUAUUCAGAAAUCUCAAACUGAGACCAUUGUUGAAUGUACUGUACAGCAUGUGGGAGUAGGAAGGCUUUUGUAAAUUUGGAAGGGGGUUUAUUUUUUAAUUUAUUUUCAUUUUAAAGCUUAAGGCUGCAACCUCACCAAGUGCUCGCAUAUUCCUACUGCUUUGCAAAACAACACAAACUCAGGAGGAAGCCAGGACAAACUUGCUGUUCCUUGCAGAGAGGAGAGAAGGAGUAGUAACACCCACUUCUCAGAGACAAGACCUUUAAGCACUGUUGGCUCUUGCUCCCCCUUUCCAUUGUUGUAACCUCAGCCUUAUGCAGUGUUUUUAUACACAGUCCAUUCUGCUAGUUUUUGAGAUGAAGUACAUCCCCUUAUCCUUUCCCCAUAGAAGCAGCAGUUCUGACCGGGUCCUCAGUCUUUUCUUGAAUAUGAGUCUAAAGCUAACCUGCCAGUUGAACCCCAUUCUCCUUCUAGCCUGUGAAGUCUUUGGGACUCUAUGCACUGCCUUAAUUUUGGUAAGGACACUUAAGGGGCAUUAAGAAGAAGAAAAAAAUCAGUGUGUAUUUUGUUUCUUUUAGGAAGCUGCAGAGGGAUUACUCCUGCAAAGCUCUAACAUGGGUAGAUUGAUAGAAGAGCUCUCUUUAGGUCAGAGGAUGUGAGCAGCUUGUGACAGUGAAGAAUCAGUCUCUUAAAAGAUGAUGCUCAUAUUCUCAGUUGCAGAUUGUGCCUUUUGCCAGGGAUGAGAGCAUCUUGCUUCUCCACAAAUACUGAAAUAUGUUUGUUAGGGAAACAAGGAGAAAGCUGGUGGUGACUGUUGAUCCUACAAAUGGCCCAGGAAAGGAAAGGAGAGCAAGGCCCCAAUAUCAUAUGAAGUAUCAGAAUUGACUGUGUUGUUAAACAUUGUACCUUGCAGAAGUUAACAAAUGGAAAAAGGGAGAGGAAGCUCAGUUGGGCUGGCCUUUUACAGCAGUUGCUCUGACUUGCUCUCAGUCUCCACAAAUGCAUAAUAUUUUACCUGAGGAGAUAGAUUGGAACUGUGGUGGUACCUGAGCUGUCUGAUGGCUAAGGGGUGUCUCUGAAGAUAGCCUACUAUUCCUAAUCAAAUCAAAGCAGGAAUAAAAUGAAGUGGCCUGUGGUGUGUCUCAAGAGAAGUACAGCCCCAGAAGUGCGUCUAUGCGGGCACAAACGAUACAAAGGAUUGCAGCCUUAGUGUGCAGAUAUAUAUAUAUGUAUGCAGGCUGUCUAGAAGCUGAUGUUGUUUUCCUGGUAAAUAGCUCCAGCAAAAAUGAGAAAGAGUGAAUUUUAACCUUGGUGCACGGAAUAGCAGUGAGAUUGCAUGCUGUGAAAUACAUUAAUUUGCAUUUCAUCUAUUCGAGAUUGCACUAUUCCCUUUUAAAUCAUGUUGGUCUAACAUAGUAGUUUUAAAGUUCAGCUUAGUUAUACUACAAAUAUUCCAGGACCCUGGUUAUUAAAGGGAUACAUUUGUGUAGGGAUAGAACAAGAGGACAUGCUAUGUCUCAUCUUGUAGCCCUAUAUAGGAAUCAAUACCAAUGCAUUACAUUACACCUCUGAAAGAAAUAAGAGUCGGCUCAUAUAGUUAUUUUUCUUGACACAAGCAGCCAUGGGCUUACCUUGGCUACAUUUUGUGCUUCCUUCAGUGUGGAGAGAUGUUGGUGUAAACUGGGCUGUAGACUGCUUGUGCUUGGGAGAAGUGUCAACACAGUCACAGAAGUUGCUGUUGGCUCUAUCUCUGUACAGCUCAAGUCACCAUCAGUUUUCCCCACCCACCCUGUAUGUGGGCAUGCACAUGACUGAGGAUGGUCUAUGGCGACUUGCGCUGAGGCUGUGAACUCUAAAACCAUUUAUGCCUGCUCUUGGAUGCCUCAACGACCCUGUUACAAAACUGUUUAAAAUGAAAAUUCAUUUCCCCCCCCUUAAUAUUUGUACAUGCUUCUAAUCUUCACAGGUUACAGCAGUUGCUUCAGUUUACCUGCUUUAGACAUUUGCACUUAUUUAUGUCUGAUUUGAAGGAAUGUCUUAGUUUUGCUUGUUGUAGCUGUGUUUUUUUUAGUUAAUUUCUUGCAGAACAUAAUGGUGUGCUGUCAACCUUAAUACUGACAGGAAAAUAGAAUUGUGUACUGUAGGUGUUAUCUAUUUAUAAAUCUGACACUCUUCCUCUCCACUCCUGGGUGUGCUGCUAUAGAUACUAGCAGAAUCUGCUUGCUGCUAUGAGAGAUGGAAAGAGCGAGCAUCAUAUGCACUGUAUGUAAAAUGACAAAUAGAAUGAUGGCAUGUUCUCAAGCUAAACUGAUAUCAACUGUUGCUGUGCAUAGAGAAACACAAUUACCAGAAAGAAACCUGAUACCACAUAACACCAAGAACUCUAAAAAUGAUUUUCCUUAUUUUAAUAUUGUGUGUGUGUGUGUGGUAUGUAAAGCAAUCUCUGAUGUUAGCAUACUUAAAUACAGCUUAAGGCCCCGUAUCAUAGUUAUUUAUUUAUUAUUUUAAAUGGAUAUUUAUAUAUAGGAAUAUUCACCUCGCUGCCUUUAAUAGGCGCACAAGGUUUUUAUUCAGUUUUAAAACUGUUAGCGUUUUUUUUUCUGAUCAGCUCUGUUGAUAAGAGGAUUAUUCUUCCUCUUCAAAAUGUGAGGAGCCAGUUUGGGAUUCCCUUUGGCAUUGUUGGUUUUGGUGUGUUCUCUCUUCAGUAUGUUUCUUUAGAAGAUUCCCCACCUGAAGCACAAAGGAGUUAAGUGGUGUGAUGUGCAUAGUAAGACUGUAAUUCAGAGAACCAUUCCUACCGUGGCUUUUGACUUUUUCCAUCUUUUUAAUCACAGCCCACCCACCUCAAGGCCAUGUGGCAAGCUACAGUCAUGAUGGCUGUUUUAAGUAGCAUGUGUGUGUUAGCCUCUUGUCCUUCUUGGUAUACACAAGUGUUUAGCUAAUUUUAAAAUGUGCUCUCUGGAUUACAACCAUUAUGCCAAGAUCCAAAGAGUGUGUGCACUAGUGCUGCCUGGAUUUUCCAAUUCUAGCUUUAGUUUCUUGUGCUAUGUUGGGAGAGUCUCUGGAGAGUCCCUGACUUUCUGGAGUAGUUCUUGGGAGGACAAGGCAUAGCAGGAGACUUGUUUAUGGCAAAGUUCUGCAGUGACACACAAACACAGCCUGCAGCUCUUUGGACUGACUCCAUGUCUUCAUCUAUUAUGCUUAAAAGAUUUGCUGCUUUGCAGGAGGUAUGCAAAUUAUUUGUAUUUUUCUUUUUAAAUGGUACCAAAGCCUCCAGUACCAAGGUUUAACUUAGGUCUCUGGUAAGUAGUACAAACUGGAGCUGGUAUUGGUUGAAUCUUUCAUUUAAUUGCUUUCGUGUUGCUUUUAGCAAAAAGAAAUAAAUAAAAGGUUUUGAACCUUUGCCAUGUUAGAUAUAUUUUGAUACUUUUGCAGUCUUAGGUGCAUUCGCAAUUAUUAUUAUUAUUUUUAAAAAUAUAUAAGUAGAAUACUGUAUACCUGCAGCAGCCAAACAUGCAUGUUGGAAAAUGACAGCAUCUGUUAAUAUUUACGUUUCUAAAGUUUUGACUCUAAUUAUAAGAUAAAUAUCUUUGAAGUUCUGUUAUGUUUUGUUAUUUUACUGCAGAUUUUGUUUCACUUAAAAGAAUCUUGCAUACAAAGCAGGAGACCUUAACACAGAAAUAAAAACAUUUAUGUACAUAUCUACUGGACAUUUACUUCUGGGAAAUAAGUGUAAACUGUAUUGAUACUUUGUUUGAUUCCUAAAUGUGAAUCAUGCUUUCAUAUAGAGAAUUACCCAAACAUUGGAACAAGUUGCUUUAAGUUUUUU